GGGGGUGUGGUGUCACGUGGUACUUUUAAAUGCCAGGAGUUUUGGAUGGGUAGCACAAAGAGCAUAGAGGCAUCCAGCAAAUCAACAUCACCUGAGGACUGAAGCAAGAAUGGACGCAGGUCUCAGACAGAUGAACGGGGAUCUAGAGAGGAAGGGCUCUCUGACCUCAUCCUACCUGGAAGAACCGUUAAACAAAACAGGAGUGGUGUCCUGCAUCUUCUCUCUGAAGCAGGAAGUUGGCGCUCUUGUAAAAGCUCUAAGACUAUUUGAGGACAAAGGCAUUAACCUGACCCACAUUGAGUCCCGUCCAUCACGCGACAACAAAGAAGAAUAUGAGUUCUUCAUCAGUGUGGAUCAGGCCUCCUCUAAAGCUCUAGAUGAAGUUGUUGAUAGUCUGCGCACCCAGAUAAGUGGCCAAGUUCAUGAACUGUCUCGCAACAAACAGAAAGACACAGUUCCAUGGUUCCCCAAUGACAUCCAGGACUUGGAUCGUUUUGCCAAUCAGAUUCUCAGUUACGGGUCCGAGCUGGAUGCAGACCAUCCUGGCUUUACGGACCCCGUGUACCGCGCCAGAAGGAAGGAAUUUGCUGACAUUGCCUACAACUACAGACAUGGACAGAUUAUUCCUCGUGUUGAAUACACGGCUGAAGAGAAGGCCACAUGGGGAACAGUUUUUCGAGAGCUUAAGACUCUGUACGCGACACAUGCCUGUCGUGAACACAACCGUGUAUUUCCACUGCUGGAGAAGUACUGCGGGUACCGUGAGGACAACAUCCCGCAGCUAGAGGACAUCUCACGCUACCUGCAGACAUGCACAGGUUUUCGUCUGCGUCCUGUGGCCGGUCUCCUCUCCUCACGUGACUUCUUAGCUGGUCUCGCCUUCCGAGUGUUUCACUCGACACAGUACAUUCGCCACAGCUCCAAACCCAUGUACACACCUGAACCGGACAUCUGUCAUGAGCUGCUGGGUCAUGUCCCACUGUUUGCUGACCCAAGUUUUGCCCAGUUCUCACAGGAAAUUGGACUCGCUUCUUUGGGCGCCCCUGAUGAGUUCAUAGAGAAGCUGGCCACAGUCUACUGGUUCACUGUGGAAUUUGGUCUGUGCAAGGAAGGAGAUAAAGUAAAGGCUUACGGUGCUGGUCUGCUCUCCUCUUUUGGUGAACUGCAGUACUGUUUGACGGACAAGCCCAAACUUCUGCCCUUCGAGCCAGAGAAGACCUGCUUGCAGCAGUAUCCCAUUACAGAGUUCCAGCCAGUUUACUUUGUGGCUGAAAGUUUUGAGGAUGCCAAAGAAAAAGUCAGCAAAUUUGCUUCCACCAUUCCCAGACCUUUCUCUGUGCGCUAUAAUGCCUACACACAGAGAAUCGAGAUGCUGGACAACACACAGCAGCUGAAGAACCUGGCUGACAACAUCGGCGGCGAGAUCUCGAUCCUGUGCAAUGCCCUGCGAAAGAUGGAGUGAAACGAUGGUGGAAGAUGAAGAAGAAAUGCUAGAAAAUCAAACAGGCUAAAAUAAGCAUCGUCUGUAUUGCUUUUCAGGCUCAUAUACAACAUACCUUUUCUAAUCAAGCUGUGAUAGAGAGAGAGAGCAUGAUAUGAAAUAUUAAAUUAGUUCUUAUGUAUUGCAUGUAGAACAUAUUUAUAGACUAAUUUUGCUAGCUCAAAUAUAUUUACUCACUACGUAUUUAAAUGACAUAUAACGAAAUAACACGGGAGAAAAUACCCAUGCAAAACAAAUCGCAUGUAAAUACCAAAAAGCUUCGGGCACCAUUAAGACCCGCUGCUGCAAUAUUUGUUAUUUUAUAUAUUAUAUGUUGUAUUUUUUUCAGUAGUUUAAUCGUACAAAAA